AACGCUGAGUUCUUUCGUUGAUUUCGGCAAGGUUUUGAGAGGAUGGACCAACAGCUUAAUCCUCAUCUUUCCACCGAUAAACACAUAUGGAGCCAGAUCUAUAGAACAUUGAAGGAAAUGCUGAAGUUCCAGAGGUCGCAAAUAAAAACCCUAAUAAAUGAUCGUGAGUUUCUCGAGAACAACUUCUACAUCCAGCACGAAUAUUGGAGCAGCAGGGAACGGUUUCUUGAGUCUUGCAUCGCUCAGAUGAAGGAAGGGCAGGCUAAAACUCGCCUGGUUGAGGAUGCGAAGAUGCUUGUUUGGGUUGGGUUGAAGGAGUCAGAAGCGCUGAGCUACAGGAUGCAGUUAGGUGAGGUUUGAUUUUAUGAAAGUCAG